AGGGAGGAGGAGGAGGAGGAGGAGGGGGCAGGUCACCCAAACUCCUCCAAAAUGGGGGUCAAGAAUGGAGGAAAAGGCUCACAAGGAAGCCUCAAUGAUAUAACUUCUUCCAACUCAGAGCAGGGGCUGGAUAUGAUCGAAUCUCCAGCGGACAUCAUCUUAACUCAAGCGGAGAGGAAAUUUCUUCUCUUUGUGCAGCGGGGUGAUGUCGCUUCCACCAGGAGGCACCUGGAGGAAUUCAAAGGCAAGCCACAGGAACUGGAUGUGAACUGCACAGACCCUCUGGGACGAUCUUCGCUCGCUGUGGCCAUCGAGAAUGAGAACCUCGACCUACUGGAGCUGCUCCUUCAGCAUAAUAUCAAACCCAAGGACUCACUCCUCCACGCCAUCUCGGAACAGUACGUGGAGGGAGUAGAGGUUCUGUUGUCUUAUGAAGAGACGAACCACAAGAAAGGCGACCCAUACAGCUGGGAGUGUAUGACCAGAGAGACAGCCACCUUCACUAAAGACAUCACGCCCUUGAUUCUCGCCGCCCACCAAAACAACUAUGAGAUUCUUAAACUGCUUCUCGAUCGUGGCGCCUCCCUCCCUAUGCCUCAUGAUAUCAGGUGCGGUUGUGACGAGUGUCUCAUCUCGACGGAGGAUGACUCACUCCGUCACUCCCUCUCCCGUAUCAACGCUUACAAGGCCCUGGCAUCUCCCUCUCUCAUCGCUCUGUCUUCCAAGGACCCCAUCCGUACGUCCUUCGAGCUGUGUGGGGAGCUACGGCGCCUUCAGGGGAUGGAGCAUGAGUUCAAGACGGAGUACGUUGAACUUCGUCAGCAGGUAAUGAAGUUCGUCACGGAGCUUCUAGACCAGACAAGAAGUAGAACUGAAUUAUCCAUCAUAUUGAACUAUGACCCGGAUGGUCCAAUAUGGGAAAAGGGUGACGUCAACUCCCUCGUUAGACUGAAAGAGGCAAUCAAGUUCUCCCAAAAACUGUUCGUGGCACAUCCAAACGUACAGCAACUUCUAGGGGCCAUUUGGUACGAUGGUCUACCUGGUUUCCGACGCAAGGACGCCAUCAGUCAGUGUAUAGAGGUGGGCAAGCUGGCGUGUAUGUUCCCUCUACUCUCCAUGGCCUACAUCAUAGCUCCGAAUUCCGAGAAGGGAAAGUUUGUCAAAAAGCCCUUCGUCAAGUUCAUCACCCACUGCGCCUCCUACAUGUUUUUCUUGAUGCUACUCGCCCUGGCAUCACAGAGAUUCGAGUACCUCGUGAUCGAGUGGUUUGGCAACGCUUGGCUGAAAUCUGUACUGGAUGACUGGAAGAUGAGGGAGAGAGGUUCCCUGCCUGGCCUGGUGGAGGUGUGUGUGGUUUUGUACGUGUUUAGCUUGAUUUGGGGUGAGAUAAAAUCCCUGUGGAACGAAGGACUAAUGGAGUAUAUAAAAGACUUGUGGAACAUCAUCGACUACAUCACCAACUUCUUCUUCAUGACGUGGAUCCUCCUGAGAACCACUUCCUUCUUCCUGGUACAAAAGGACUUGUGGUAUGGCAUUUGGCCUUACUAUCCGAGGGAACUGUGGAAUUCCUUCGAUCCUAUGUUGCUCUCGGAAGGUUGUUUUGGCGCCGCUAUGAUCUUCAGUUUCUUGAAGUUGGUACACAUCUUCAGCGUCAACCCACAUCUCGGACCACUGCAGAUCUCCCUCGGCCGUAUGAUCUUCGACAUCAUGAAGUUCUUCUUCUUGUACACACUCGUCCUCUUUGCCUUCGGUUGUGGUAUCAACCAGCUGAUGUGGUAUUAUGCUGAGCUGGAGAUGAAGAAGUGUUACCAUCUCCCCGGGGGGCUGCCUGAUUUCCAGGAUGAGGGACAGGCCUGCUUUAUCUGGCGACGAUGGGCAAACUUGUUCGAGACCUCCCAGUCGCUGUUCUGGGCGUCUUUUGGGUUGGUGGAACUGGACUCGUUUGAACUGACUGGUGUGGGAAACUUCACAAGGUUCUGGGCUAUGCUAAUGUUUGGCUCGUACUCCGUCAUCAACAUAAUCGUCCUCCUCAACCUCCUCAUUGCCAUGAUGUCAAACUCUUAUAACACCAUCUCGGAACGCUCCGACACCGAGUGGAAGUUCGCCAGGACGAAGCUUUGGUUGAGUUACUUCGAGGAUGGUGGCACUGUGCCCCCGCCCUUCAACGUGAUCCCUACAGUGAAGAGCGUCCUCAGACUCCUGGGUAUGGGCGAGAAGAAAAUGAGAGGAUCCCUUAAGGAAAAGUCACGCAAUAAGUCACAACAGCGCCACAUGAACGUGAUGCGGCUGUUAGUGAGAAGGUACAUCACAGAGCAGCAGCGGAAGGCAGAUGAGAAGGGGGUGACUGAAGACGACAUCAACGAAGUAAAGCAGGACAUAUCGACCUUCAGAUACGAACUGAUCGACAUCCUCAAGAAGAAUGGCAUGAACACGUCUAUGGUCAACGCCGAGGAUUCUUCUGUGGUGGGUAAGAAGGGAAGAGCUAUGGAGCGUCGUCUGAUGAAGGGCUUCAACAUCGGGUUAGUGGAAGGCCUCAUGACGGAGAUCCUCACCACCGACAAGAAGCCCAAGAACAUCUUCGGCAAGUUAGCGCGCGCCAUUGGCAAGAAGAAGAAGGAGGACUGGAACGCCAAGGUGUCCCGGGCGUCUCUCCGCAGGGACCAGAUCGGCUCCUCCCAAUUGAGUCUCAAGAGAUCACAGACUUCCAUCAGGAGGCGCAUAAAGUUCGAGAACGAGAAGCUGCUCAGAACACUCAAUCCUGACCAGAUCGUCGAGUACAACCCGAACUUGGAGGAGUACACACCCACCACUCGUAUCGCUUAUGCCAGGUUUAAGGUUAACACCCUCAAGAAGGAGAAGGAGAAAAAAAUGGCACAGGAGAAGAAGGAAGUCACUCAGCAGAAGGCUGAUUCAGCUAACCAGAAACUAGAGACGGAGAAGAAAGAGCAAGCGGCUACUAAGCCGUUCCAGUCAAGGACCACGACACCUCAACCACCAUCCGCGAGUCCUUCCCCGAAGCCAGGCUCAUCACCUCAAACCAAGAUACCUGGCGGCCCCAAAGCUCCAACUCAAGCAGCUCCCAAGCCUCCAACAAACCAGGAUCCUCCUAAACCCAGCGGAGGAGGCAGCAUUCCUCCCCCUCCCUCUACUCGGGCCCCAGAUCCAUUGCCACCCAAGAUUCCUCCGCCAGCACCAGGCAGGGUAGCAGUGCCCACCGCCUUCCAGCAGCAGGGAGAACAGGUACAACCCAACAUCCCGGCACCACGAGCCAGACCUCCACCAAAACAAAUCGUCACACCACAAUGCAGCAAACCCAUGCCUCCCCCAUCGGCACCCAAAACCAUGCCUCCCCCAUCGGCACCCAAACCCGUGCCUCCCCCCUCACACCCUCCACCCGGCGUCCCUAAAGCCCCCACAGUGAAAAUUACGCCCACUACCCCGACUACAGGCACCUCUCCUGCACUACCCCGCUCUCCCUCACCCUCCCCGUCGACAGGUAAAGCAACAACCGAACCCAUCCCAGCAGGUAAAUCACAAGUGACGGGACAGGUGAGAACGGGAUGGUUGUAGACGGAAGGGUUAACUUUUCUGUGAUCUUGGGGGUGAGUCAAGACCUUCACAGUAACUUAGAACAGAUGGCGGGUGUGUGUGUGUGUGUGUGUGUGUUCAAGUGUCGCCUAACACACUCACACACACACCACAAACAACACCUCGUUAACUGUGUUUGUUUACCUCAGUUGGUUGUGUUUAGCCACGAAUCAUCACUGUGUAUGUAUGUCUGUAUGUAUGUAUGUAUGUAUGUAUGUAUCUACGUAUGUAUAUAUGUAUGUAUGUAUGUAUGUAUGUAUGUAUGUAUGUAUGUAUGUAUGUAUGCAUGCAUGUGUCUGUCUCUCUGUAUACAAGUACGGUACAUGUCUAUGUUUUUGUAUGCGGACUCUGUUUUUUGUGUGUGUGUGUGUAUGUGUGUGUGUGUGUGUGUGUGUGUGUGUGUGUGUAUGUGCUCGUUAAUAUAAAUUCAUGCGUGGUAUUACUCUCUAAGGUAUCACUUCACCAUUGUAACCUUUAUGCCAUAUCUACUCCUCUUACACAUGUAUCUACCAGUAGGUAAUAGGUUAUCCCUUAACAAAUCUAAAUAACAACAUGGCAACUGGGUUUGUUUGGAUGGAAUACUUGAUAACACUGACUACAAACCGUCGACAUAUUGUUAUGAAAGACAGACUCCAAGAUACUGUUAUACUCUGGUAAUAUUUCGUAUUUUUACACUGAUAUACGUAUCUAUGUCUUGUAUAAUAUAUCAUUUAUUAAAGUAUUACAAUAGUAUAUUUCUGAAGUUGUAAAAUAAAAAAAAGCCACAUGAUUCUCCAGUUGAUCUUUGACAUCACUGCUUUCAUUUCAUUGGCCUUCACCUGACCACUCACAGCUGGACGUGGUUGAGUCUUAAUAGAUGACGUCAAAUGAAAACAAUUAAAGUCAUAUUGUAUUAUAAAUAUGACUUUAGAACUUAAUCGCAAACUUACGACACCUUGUUCACUGUUAUUGAUGAGUUGGUGUUAUUCAUUUAUUUACAAUCAUUCAUUGAUGUGUGUUUAGGUUUAUGCCUCAUUAUUCAUUUGUCUGCCACUUGUUACGUCAGCUUUAUUGUCUAAGUAUUUAGUCCUGUAGUCCCACAGUCUCAACAGCUAACUCGACGUUCCUAUUCUAAUGCACAUUUAACUCGACUCUUCAGAGGUUUAAAAUUGUCUCCCUAAUGUCUGCUGCCUUUUCCGGCGAUUUUAAGAUCAUGAAAGAGAUCGUCAGUCUUACCAAGGAAAAUAAAAAGAGAUAAAUGGGAAGAGGAUUAGAAAUAGUGAGGAUCUUUUUCAGUUGCCGUUACUGUACUGUAAGGAAGUGUGAAUGUGAGCAGCGUGUUUUGAUGACAAGUGUCUGUCAUCACGGUAACACUGUGGCGGCCUGGAGACGCACCUGUCUUUAUUAUUAAAUCAAUAAAAUCGAACA